UUCAGUUUGGCAAUGACUAUUAUAUCAAUUUGCAAUGGUCAGUAUAAAUACGAUGACUCCAAAAUGCUGGGGAGGGGUGGAUUUGGUACAGUCUACAGAGGAAUUGGAGCGGAUAUUGCGAUCAAAAUGGGAAACUACGCAAACGCGGAGAGAUCUCUGUAUUCCUUGCAAGGAAUGGUUUACGGCCAAAAAGCAAUGACAAACGAUCGAUUAGACAGACUGGCUGUUGAGGAGUUGAAGUUCCUCAAAGCAUUGAAACAUCCAAACAUUGUAACUUUCUUCGACUACGACAAGGUUGGCAACAAGUUGUACUUGGUGAUGGAGCUCUGUGACGGGGAUCUAGACAAGUAUCUGCGACCAUCGAUGGGCAAAAUGAAUGAAGCGCAGUUAGCUGGUAUGAUCAGACAAGUUUCAGGUGGUCUUUGCUUUUUGCAUGAUAAGGGUGUGAUUCACCGAGACAUCAAAGGCCCCAACAUUCUAACGAAGGGAUCCCAAUUCAAAGUAGCCGACUUCGGUAUCGCUCUGCUAGGCAAAAAUUUUGACGACGAAGAUGUCAUUGGAACACCGGCCUACAUGGCUCCAGAGUACUUUGGUCAUAAUGUUUCAAGUUAUAACAGCAAAGUCGAUGUAUGGGCUUUCGGUGUGGUUAUCUGCGAAUGUGCAAUGGGAUGGAAAGCAAGUCCUGGUUCAAAUCCUUGUCAGAAACAGUCCUGGCGCCCGGAAAACCUACAGAAUGUGUCUGCAAACCUACGAGAUCUGCUGAACAAGGCUUUGGAGAUUAAUAGAGAUCGACGGUGCUCUAUGAAAGAAGUGAACAACCAUUCCUUCACGAGAGGUUGAGAACUGUAUGACACUGUCAGACAAGAAUCUAUCAACGACUAUUACUUUAACUUUUCGAUCUACUGCUUGCUACAUACACAGAUAAAAUUUAAUCUAAAAAGACCUGAGAGACCAACUAAAAAGACAAAAAAAGACUUUUGGUUUGA